AUGAUCAAAGCAAUAUUGGUCUUUAACAAUUACGGAAAGCCUAGACUUUCUAAAUUCUAUCAAUAUUUUAAUGAAGACAUGCAACAGCAAAUUAUAAAGGAAACAUUUCAGUUGGUUUCUAAACGAGAUGACAAUGUUUGCAACUUUCUUGAGGGUGGAAGUCUCAUUGGAGGAUCAGAUUACAAACUGAUUUAUCGUCAUUAUGCUACACUGUAUUUUGUGUUUUGUGUAGAUUCGUCAGAAUCAGAACUUGGUAUUCUUGAUUUAAUUCAAGUGUUUGUUGAAACACUCGAUAAAUGUUUUGAAAACGUUUGUGAGCUGGAUCUUAUAUUUCACGUCGACAAGAUUCAUUACAUUUUAAAUGAACUAGUAAUGGGUGGAAUGGUUCUAGAAACUAAUAUGACUGAAAUACUUUCAAGAAUAGAAGAACAAAACAAAUUGGAGAAACAAGAAGCGGGUCUUGCUGGUGCACCAUCUAGAGCUGUGUCUGCUAUGAAAAAUAUGAAUAUACCACAACAGUUAAAGGAUAUGAAACUUCCAGAUCUCCCUCAAGCCAUUAAGGAAUUGAAGUUCUGA